GGCAACUGUCCUCCUCCGCCCCACACGUUCUCGGGCUUGACCAAUCUCUCCUGAAUACUCCAUGCAAGUCUUGCAGCCGCCAUGAGGAGCAUGCACGUGCAUGGUCAAAAAGCAGUGGUCCGACAACGUCAGAUGUGGCGCGACCGGCUGUUUCGUCCAAUUGCAAGUAUGAGGAUCGGAGUUUCCGCCGAUGACAACGAAAGUCGGACCCGAAGUUGUUUGAGAACAAGGAUGAGGACAGUGAAGACAUUCGAUAGCAGCACUCGAAUGAACCUCUGCUUUCUUUCGUGCAGCACAUCGUACGUGUUUCACGCUGCAGUUGUUGCCCAACCGAGCAGGCAUUUGGGCGCACUUGAAGUCGAAUCCAUCCACCCUGAGCUGGGCAGAAGACGUAGCGCGUGGUGACGUUCCAUCGCAGGCUGAAGCUGGUCGAACACAAGUCGACAUGCGCUGUGAACGGGCGAUAUAUGCCCUCCACGACCAAAGCAGUCCAUCCCCACUCGAAGAAAGUCGAAAGUGAUUUGGAUUCCAGCAUGACGUUCUCUCCUAAUUCACUCGGAGGCCCGAAAACGCAGGCUCUGUCCCUCAUGCCCCCGAGCAGGCACGUUCAGCUACCCACUGAAACACACAAGGACGCGCCCAGACAGGUAUAGCGCAACCCAUCUCGAGCGACGAGCGCAGCGCCUCCAUCCAUCCAGGUCCCCUACGAGCGUUCGGCCGAUCCGCGUGGCAAGCUCGGCGCUGGAUUUCGCACACCGACCGAGGACAGCCGGAACGGGACUCCAUCAGCGGAGAGCCGGGUCAAGGGAGUGUCCAAGGAGUCGGAGGGUCUUCUGUGGGAAGACACGAUGGACGUGAAGACGCAGACGCAAGCGAGUUCUUCUCGAUGCAUGUCGAAUCUCAUCGCGCUCAGAUGGCGAACGAGAGCAGCAAUGGAGGCGUUGUCGAGUGCCAAAAGCUUGCGGCGGAGGCACACGAAAGGCCAGCAAACGAUACAAGCCCAGGGCUACGGAAGGACAUCCUUGGAUGCUCCUGGCAGUUGAUGAUGGUUGAGGUCAAGUUCGAGUCGUUGAGGCUGCAUCACGUGCGAACUCUCCGCUG